AGUUGCACACUUACGACCAAUUCAUUAACAUCCCUAUUAUCAUCCACUUCCUCAUCUUCAUGAACAGCCACAUGCGGUACAAUGCUAAGGAACUGGCUUCAUUGGCUAGAAGUCCAUCAUCUUGUUUUGACAAGGAAGGAGAUCUGAAGAUAUGCAGAGUGUUCAGGGAUGGUAAAUUUAUAGAGCCAAGGGAGACAUGGUGUCGUCUGAAAGGAAAUUUACUCUUUCUAAUGAAAAAUAAGACAAAGAGUUGUGAAGCCUCUGAAUUAGUGAUUCUGGAGCGGUGCUGUAUUGUGGAAUUCAAGAAUAAAGCAGAUGUUGCAGUAGUGCUCAAGUUUCAAAGUGGAGAACCAGAUAUUUACCUUGAAGCUCCAUCGAGGUCUGAUUGUGAAUCUUGGGCUGUGGCACUUGGAGAGGCAAAUUCUGAAGGUCUGUGUAAUAAAAUCCAGCAGCUCCAGACACUAAUCAUGGAAAUCAAGGAAGAGAAAACAGCAGACGAAGUACAGCAGUUUCUUCCUUCAGCACAGGCAGAGAGACUUGCAGAUCCUAAGCUUGCAGAUCUUAAGAAGACUCUCUGUGAACCAAAGUUUGAAUUCAGUCUUGGAUGUAAAGAUCUUGUGGCUCCUACUCGUGAUCGAAAACUGAAUACUUUUGUGCAGAUCACGGUGGUGCAUCCAGGGGAGCAGAAUUCGACAAGAUACGCAAGCACAGAAAUUGUGGAGGGAACAAGAGACCCACUGUUUUUGACUGGUGUGACGUUCCCACCGGAUUACCCCAUCUAUGAGGAGACUAAAAUAAAACUAACAGUCUAUGAUGUCAAGGAUAAAUCUCAAGACACGGUCCGCACCUGUACCUUGGCAGACCAAAAAGAGUCACCAAGGACAGAUACUGGGCGAAGCUUCCUGGGAUGUGCUACAUUUAAAGUAGGCGACUUGGUGAAAUCAAAAGAGCAACAACUGACUCUUAGCCUGAGAAGUUUGGAUGGUGGAAAGACAUUUGGCACCAUAGAAGUCAGCUUUGUGAAGAUGGGGGAGACAGAGGACGGGGAGGCAGAUCACAUCACAACAGAUGUGAAGGGACAAAAGUGUGCCUUGGUUCAUGAGUGUACUUCUCCAGAAAACAUCACUAAUAAAGAGAAUUUACCUUUAUUAAACGCAGUGUUAAAAAACCCGAUCUGUAAGUUGUAUAGAUUCCCCACAUCUGACAACAAGUGGAUGUGUGUACGAGAACAGAUGUCUGAGAGCACUCUUUCUUUUCAUAUCCCCAAGGAACUCAUCAGCCUGCACAUAAAGGAGGAUAUGAGGAGGAAUCAGGAACUUAAAGAACUUGGAGAACUUGCUCCACAUUGGGACAAUAUGCGUAAUAGUGUCAUUACACACUGUGAUCAGAUGUUGACUUUCUAUCAAAAUAUGCUUGCAGAACUUGGGAAACAUACAGGUUCUUCCUUCAAAUCAAGUUGUAGUAAAGGAGAAAAAACUCUAGAAUUUGUCCCAAUCAAUCUACAUCUGCAAAGAAUGUAUGUGCAUAGUCCUCGAUUAAAAGAUGUUCUUUAUGAUGUCAUCACAGUAGGAGCCCCCGCAGCACAUUUUCAGGGAUUUAAAAAUGGUGGUCUUCAAAAACUAUUGAACAAAUUUGAAGCAGAGAGACGGAAUACUGGAUACCAAUGUAUUUACUAUUCACCUGAAAACACAGCUAAGGCAAAAGAAGUUCUCAGUAACAUCAAUCAUCUCCAGCCUCUCAUAUCAAGCCACGCAGACCUGCUGCUUAAUUCUGCAAGGCAGCACUUGCCAGACAGCUUGAAGAAUUCGUUAAAGAUGCUUUCAGAAACGACAGAGUUAUUUGUGCAUGCAUUUAAGGAUCAACUGAUCAGAAGUGCCCUUCUAGCUCUAUAUACAGCCCGUCCAGGCUGUGUCCUAAAAAAGCCAACAGUGCCAAGGAGUAAUGUUGAAGACAGUGGUGAUCAGCCUAUUCAGGACCAUCCUGUUCAGAUCAAGAGACAAGAUUCUAUACCCCACCAUUCAGAAUACGAUGAAGAGGAGUGGGAUAGGGUGUGGGCCAACGUGGGGAAAAGUUUAAACUGCAUUAUUGCAAUGGUGGAUAGAUUGCUUGAAAAAGACUCACCCAGCAUCACAAAGGAAAAGGAAAAUGACCCUCCACCAGUUGAACAUGUGGCAUCUCACACAAGUGGUGACUGGUAUGAACAGCUGUAUCCACUCACUGUUACAUUGAAAGACUGUAUUGGAGAGGUGGUGACAAGAGCAAAGCAAUCAAUGUCUUUUGUUCUGCUUCAGGAACUUGCGUGUAGUUUGCCACAAUGUUUAAUGCUGACCCUAAGAAGAGAUAUUGUCUUCAGUCAAGCUCUUGCUGGAUUGGUCUGUGGAUUUAUAAUCAAAUUGCACUCUAGUUUACAUGACCCAGGCUUCCUGCAGCAGCUUCAUACAGUGGGGUUAAUUGUUCAAUAUGAAGGACUCCUCAGCACAUAUAGUGAGGAAAUUGGAAUGCUAGAAGACAUGGCUGUGGGAAUAUCGGAUUUGCAAAAAGUUAUGUUUAAAAUAACAGAAGCCAAAUCAGAUGACCUUUUGCCUGUUAUAACUGGAAGACGGGGACAUUAUGUAAUAGAUAUCAAGCUUCCAGAAAAGAUGUUUGAGUUGCUACCACAAGAGAUUAAAGAGGGCAAACUGCUCAAUGUAUAUCCAAUCCUCUUUAAUGUUGGAAUCAAUGAACAGCAAACGCUUGCAGAAAGAUUUGGGGAUACUUCCUUGCAAGAAAAUGUUAAUCAGGACAAUUUGGAAUUACUUAAAGAGUAUUACAGAUUGUUCACAGAAAAAAUGCCUCCUGAUUGCCUACCGCAUUUUCAAGAACAGAAUGACUUAAAGCGAUUACUAGAAAAUCUCCAUCAAAAUAUUCAUGCUAAAAAGAGAAAGAAUGUAGAAAUCAUGUGGUUGGCUGCAACAAUUUGUCGCAAGUUAAAUGGAAUCCGGUUCACCUGCUGUAAAAGCGCCAAAGAUAGGACAUCAAUGUCAGUAACACUGGAACAGUGUUCAAUUUUAAGAGAUGAACAUCAGCUGCACAAAGACUUCUUUAUUCGAGCGCUGGACUGUAUGAGAAGAGAAGGAUGCCGCAUAGAAAAUGUACUGAAGAAUAUCAAAUGCAGAAAGUAUGCUUUCAACAUGAUACAGCUGAUGGCUUUCCCCAAGUACUACCGACCACCCGAGGGAACAUAUGGAAAAGCUGACACCUAGGCUUUAGACCAAAAUCCAAGCAAACAUUUAUUUUCAGUGUGCAGAAUCACACAGCUACUCUCAUUAGUUGACACAAAUCACUUUGUGUAUCUCACAAGCUGAGAGCAUGUAAAAGGAAAGUACUACCUAGGACCUGUUCUUGUCAGACUGUACUGUCGUUCGAAAGGAAACACCAAUAAAGUAUGGUAGGCUGAGUGAUGUCUAAUUUUUCAAAUUUAGACUUGUAUCUCAUAAGUCAACCAGAAUUAAAGGUGUGAAAAUGGGUGACCAUAUGCUGAGUUGGUAGGAAAUGACUGUGGGCCUGAACUUGUAUCUAACACCAACUUCCACAUUAGGCUGCACUGGAGUGUGGGGCAUAAGAUUCAUGACAACUUUGGAAAGGGAAUGUUGAUCUCCUUGACUUUACACUACAUAUUUGUUAUAUCGUGUAGCCUUCAGGGCAUUUUUUAAAAGUCUAGCUACAUAUAUCAUUCACAUGUUUUGAAAAUGAGGUGACAGUUUGGGCUUUCAUCCAUUAUUCCUAGUAUCAUCUUGCAAUUCUCUUGGAUGCAGGAACUUGUGUUUUUACCAGCCAUACUCUUUGAUCUUGAGGAGUAACCCAUGUAAGCAACAUAAACCAAAGGUAACCACUAAAGUGUAUUCUCUGUGUGAUGUGGGAGCAUCAAGGAGGCAAAGAGAUUCUACUGGUGUUUGUACUACAUUGCAUUGUACGUAUCUGAAUUUAGCUAAAAAUAAUAACAUUAUUGAAACUGAAAUCUACAAAAGGCCUAACAAUGAAACCUGGGCAGGAGAUUGAGCUACACUCACUUGAAAUGUUGAGAAAUUAAAUAAAAUGUAAUAACUUUAAUAAAAAAUUAUCAAAAUUGCAAAUAAUAACCCAGUUAUGGCAUGUCAAAAGUUGUAGCAUAUCAACAUAAAAACUAAUUUCAUUUUCUCAUUUUCAAAUUCAGUGUAAAUCUGUGUUUUGUAUUUAAAACACAACUUAAAGUACGCAGUAGCAUAGGAGCUGCAGUGGUGCAAUGGGUUAAAUUCUUGUGCCGGCUGAACUGUUGACCUGAAGGUUGGCAGUUCGAAUCCAUGAGAUGGGGUGAGGUCCCAUCUCUUAGCCCCAGCUUCCCACGUGGGGAGAUGAGAGAAGCCUCCCAUGCAAUGGUAAAACAUCUGGGCAUCUUCUGGGCAGCAUCCUUGCAGAUGGCCAAUUCUCUCACACUAGAAAUGACUUGCAGUUUCUCAAGUUGCUUCUGACAUGAAAAAAGUAUGCAAUAUGUAUCAUUGUAAGUAGCUUACAAUGAACCAAAAACCAUUUAAGGUUGGGAAAGUGACCUCUGAGUGAAAAAUUUCCUAUAAUGCCUUGUUAAAAUGUCAUCUUGUGGUUAGAUUCUAGUCCACCAUUUUGCCAAUAUUUGUGUGAUUGGUCCCAUUUAGUAAGUUUUAUACUAUCUGCUUGCUCAAAAUGAGCAUGUGUUUAUUGAAAGUGAGCCAGUUUCUUGUCAGUUUAGUAUAGCAUCUUAUUAUCUUGAGUAAAAGAAUCCGUGGAAAAAUAUUAUUUGCAUUAUAAAGCAUACAAGAUGUGUACAAACUACAUAUAACUUUACUAUUAUGAAUUUAAUCACAGGUCAUGAAAUACAACUAUUUUGCAUCACAUAUCUGUGUAUUAUGAUAAAACUUCAUAUACUGCAACAUAUAAUACAAAUUUAUGGCUGAAAAACAAGUAUGGAAGCCAGCAGCAUAAUCCUCAAGGAGUUCUUUUCCACAAACACUAUUGAAGUGAAUGAGGGAAAGAGCUGUAUUCUUCAUUAAUUUCUUUGGAUCAUAUUAUGAAAUGCCCCCCUACUUUCCAGUUCAUCAUACUGAAAAUAAAAUAAACAUAUCAUAUUUCCCUCUGUUUCUGUUUUUAAGGAAAGGCUGGAUGGCCAUCUGUCAGGAGUGCUUUGAUUAUGUAUUUCUGCAUUGGUCUAGAUGUUCCUUGUGGUCUUUUCCAACUCUAUCAUUCUAUGGCUAGAUAUGGUUAAUUCCCAUACAAUGUUGCUGCUAUAAAUGCAUUAAAAUCUGGAUUGAAGUUUAAGGUGCAGCUCAUGAGACUACUGCAGAAAUUUAUUGUUUAAUAUUAAGCUUUAUAUGAAAAUAGGAAAUAUUCUUUGAUCAUAAGAAGAUAAAAACAAGAGCAGAGGGACACUGUAAAGUGUAUGUCUUAAUUUUAGUGCUUUUUCAAUGAUGCUCCAGAACAGAAUGUUACUAGGUUAGCAUACACAGCUGACAGAUGUUUUUAAAUUAUUUAAUACUGUAUAGAGUUUUCUGCCUGCUUAAGAACCCUGGUGUUUGGAGUGCUCUGCAGCCCCAGUGAAUGUGUUUUUAUGGUGCUUCUAAUGCCAUAAGACUUUGCUUGCCCCUUAUGUAUUAUUUCUUUGGUCUUUGAAAAAAUGAUGCUUGAAGUGCAUAUUUCCACUUGCCAAAACUAUACUUUAAACUUUGACCAUGUUUUAAAGGAGAGGAAUGGCACAUAAGUGUAGGUCAGUUAUUGUAGGGAAACAAAUGGGGGGGGGGGGCUUUAGACUUUUAAGAAACCUUCUUUUCCUCCUCUUUUGUAUAAUAUUAUGGUAUGCCAUCCUUCAUUUUGUGCUAUUAGACACUUUCCCCCAUUCCUCUUUGCAUGCAAAUGCAGCAGUGGCAUGCAUUUUUAGUAGCCAUCUUGGAAGACAUCCUUAAAAUGGGGUGAUGGUUAUUGUUUAGCUUUGCAUGGUAAUUUUAAAAGUCCCCAGAAGGACUUGCAUUGCUUGAAUCCUAAUGCAUCAACCCAUGGAUAAGAUCUAGGAUCAGGAGGUGUAGCAUCCAUGUAUCAUAAAAGUAGAAUUCAGAAAUGUUUCUCUUCUCUUCCUUGCUCCCAUAAACAUUUUCAGCUUCUGCAGACACCCCAAAAUUCUAAUUUACUAGCUGGUGUUGAGGAGAAGGGUAGCACCCAAGGACAUUCCUACAUGGAUACCAGCAGCAAGACAUUCUCUGGACUUCAUAGAACAGUAGUUCUCAACCUGUGGAUCCCCAGAUGUUUUGACCUACAGCUUCCAGUAAUCCCAUUAGGAUUUCUGGAAGUUGAAUGCCAAAACAUCUGGGGACCCACAGGUUGAGAACCACUGUCCUAGAGAGUUUUCUAGAAAUCCUGGAAGUCAAUAUCUCCAGUUAUAGGAACACAAUGAUGUGCUUCCACCCAUCUUUCUUCCCACUGACACGUUAAUUGGGUUUUCAGGCAGAGCUUGGUCAUUGUAGGAGGUCAUUAAAGAAUUCAAACCACUGCAGUCACCCAAACAGGUGUAUGUUGAAUUUAAAUCACUAACAGGAUGUCAAACCAUGUUUGGAACCUAUGGCACAGCCAGAUAUGGAGAAUAGGGGUGAUCCUCUUCCAAGAGGAAAACUAAAUGGCCAACCAGGCCUGUGUAAGCUUUCAUGCAUGGCUGAAUUAGUUCUCUGGACUGUGCCUCCAUCUACACUGACCAUUCAAUGCAGUUUCAAACCAGUAUUGAAGAAAAUGUUAUCAUUGUGCAAAUUACUUAGGAAACCAUUUUGAGGUUUGUAUGGUGAUUACAUAAACCACAGAGCACUGAUGCACAUUAAGGACUUUCUUUUGUGCACUUUUUGUGGGAGUUUGUUUCUGGCCAUCACAGGUUGAAGCUGGCCUUGAACUGCAUGAAAUGGUCAGUGCAGAUGGAGCCACAGUCCCUGGAAUAUCACUACUGCACAUGCAAGUGGGCAGCUUACAGCUCUCAGAUGUUGUUGGAAUGCAACUCUUCAUACCUCACAAGUGGUUAUCCAACACCAUUGCACUUCGCAUCCAACAACAUUUUUUCCACCCCUCCUUUAAUGCAUUCAUGACUGUUGUGAAACAUUGUGGAGAAAAUCUGAUGAAUAUAUGCUUUACAUAGUUUGUGGAGAAAGCAUGAAAGUAUGUUUUGAUAGUUUACUUCUUCUUUCAUUGAAUUAGACAACCAUUUUUGAACAUUCAGCUUUAAUGCAUGUAUAGGGCUUUUUAUCAUUUUGCGUAAUGUUUUAGUAACUGCAAAUGUUUCUGUGUAUAAGCCAUAUCCAUUGUGCAUUUUGUGUGUGGGUUUUUUGUGCAUGUAUUUUUAUUUAAAUAAAUGUGUCUUAUUUUUCAUA